AUGGCUGGAAUCGAUCGCCAAAAGUUUUCCUCGAUCAGCCAGCUGAUUUCCUUGGAGUUGCCGCAGCGAUCGCCUAAAGCUGAGACAGCGCGCGACAGAGCAGCGCAGCACACCAAGUUAGAGAAUCUGAGCCGCGGAACAGGAGCCGGAACCCCCGGUCCUUUUCUACUCCCCUCCUCCCCCGCUUCCAGAACCCGCCUCCCUCUGACCUCUCCCCCCUCCCUCCCACCGCUCGCACGAUCGACCACGGACGCACCGCGCAUCGCAUUCCUCCGCAGAGUCAACCCCGGCGGGCAGCGGCCAAGCAUGGAGGCCGCGGCGGCCACGGGGGUCCGCCCCUUCGCCGCGCCGCUCGGGCCCGCGAGGGGGGCGGGCGCGGGCGCAGGCUGGCGGUGCGGGCAGGGCCGGCGGCGGCUUGGGCGGGGCGCGCGGGUGGCGGCGAGGCUGGACGGGGGCGUGGGGAAGGGGGUGCCCACCACCAACUACGUCGUGCCGCUCGACAAGCCCACCGGGAUGACCCGCCCGCUCGUCGAGAUCCUCAGGGACCUCAACAAGCGCGUCCCCGACAAGAUCAUCGACCCCGACACCAACACCGUCCCAUGGUACCAUGCCAACAGAAUGCUCAGCUUUUAUGCACCAGGUUGGUGUGGUGAAGUUCGUGAUGUUAUUUAUUCCAACAGUGGAACUGUGACCGUGGUCUAUCGAGUGAUUCUGAAAGGAACGGAUGGAGAGGCUUUCAGAGACGCCACAGGCACGGCAAAGGUGCACGAGGGACGUAACGACGACGCUGUUGCGGCUGCGGAGGAGGCAGCAUUCAGCAAGGCCUGCGCCCGGUUUGGUUUCGGCCUGUACCUGUACCACCAGGGUGAGAUCCCGUAGGAGGAACGGCAACUUUGAGAUUCAUUCAGCAAUGGAGCUGGUCAUAACGUGGGUAGGCACGCCCAUGGAGAGUUGGAAAUGCUUCGCUGGUGCCUAAUUCUUGUGCAAGAAGCCUGUAAAUUGUUCCUUCUGUUACGUUUUUGUUGUUGUUGUCGGUGUAGGCUCGCAAGAUUUAUCCAGCUAGAGAAAGGAAAAGAACAUAUGGAAUAAUGUGCUGUUACUUCUCUGGUGCAUUUUCUGCCUUCAUGUAGUUUUUGGAGAUUUUUUU